ACGGAGGGGGCGGCGGCUGGACGGCUCACUCGGUGCCGCUGCCUGGGGGCCGUCGUGACCACGCCGCUCCUGCUGGGGGCCGCCCACGCCGAGGACCUGCCUCCGUCGCCUCCUCUCCCACCGCCCAGGCACAAAACAAGAUUUUAGAUCUCAUUAAGCUCUGUCACGACCAGUCGGAAACAGUAAAGCAAUGAUAGAUGUGUUGCCCAUCUUGCCAACUUCUACUGUGUAAAACUGUCAUGACUCUGCCUCUCAAAUACUAGUUUGAGAUUACUGGACUUCAGUUUCCCUGGCCAGAGCAUCCCCACAAUGGCAGCGGAGAGCAGCAGCAGUACCCAGGACUGUGUGUCCUUCAGCGUGCUCAACUGGGAUCAGGUUAGCCGGCUACAUGAGGUCCUUACCGAGGUUGUACCCAUUCAUGGACGAGGCAACUUCCCAACCUUGGAGAUCACUCUGAAGGACAUCGUGCAGACUGUCCGUGGCCGGCUGGAGGAGGCAGCCAUCAAAGUGCAGGAUGUUCGGCUGAACGGCUCUGCCGCUGGCCACGUGCUGGUCAAAGACAAUGGCUUGGGUUGCAAAGACCUGGACCUGAUCUUUCACGUGGCUCUUCCCACCGAGGCAGAAUUUCAGCUGGUAAGGGACGUGGUUCUGUGUUCCCUUCUGAACUUCCUGCCAGAGGGUGUGAACAAGCUCAAAAUCAGCCCGGUCACUCUGAAGGAGGCGUACGUGCAGAAGCUGGUGAAGGUCUGCACGGACACAGACCGCUGGAGCCUGAUUUCCCUCUCCAACAAAAACGGGAGGAACGUGGAACUCAAGUUUGUCGACUCCAUUCGACGUCAGUUUGAGUUUAGCGUGGACUCUUUCCAAAUCAUCCUGGACUCUCUGCUUUUUUUCUACGACUGCUCCAGUAACCCUAUCUCUGAGGACUUCCACCCCACAGUGAUUGGGGAGAGCGUCUAUGGAGACUUUGAGGAAGCCUUUGAUCAUCUGCAGAACAGACUGAUUGCCACCAAGAACCCCGAAGAAAUCCGAGGUGGGGGCCUCCUUAAGUACAGUAACCUUCUUGUGCGAGAUUUCAGGCCCACAGACCAGGAGGAGAUCAAGACUCUGGAGCGGUAUAUGUGCUCCCGAUUUUUCAUCGACUUCCCAGACAUCCUCGACCAGCAAAGGAAGUUGGAGACCUACCUUCAAAACCACUUUGCCGAAGAAGAGAGAAGCAAGUACGACUACCUCAUGAUCCUGCGACGGGUCGUGAACGAGAGCACCGUGUGCCUCAUGGGGCAUGAACGCAGGCAGACCCUGAACCUCAUCUCCCUCCUGGCCUUGCGUGUGCUGGCAGAGCAGAACAUCAUCCCGAACGCCACCAACGUCACCUGUUACUAUCAGCCUGCUCCUUAUGUCAGCGACGGCAACUUCAACAACUACUACGUCGCCCACCCUCCAGUUACCUACAGCCAGCCGUACCCUACCUGGCUGCCCUGUAACUAACCUUAAGACCUGAGUGUUUCCACAGUGGGAACCCAGUAGGGUAUGGGCUCUCAGGUAGGGGAGCCUCCUCCUAGAUAUAGGUGUUUGGCUUUUAAAGGGGAACUCAGCUCUGACUCUGAUUUUUUUUUUUUUCUUUGUGUACCCCUUGAAAUGGGUCUGCAGUAUACCAUGAGCCAACCCUAAAAGGACGGACCCAUCUUACAGGGCCACUUCAGAAAAUGCUGCAGGAAGUGUGACCUAUCCACGUCCUUCCAAGAUAGACAUUAACAUAUCAUAUCCCAAACACUAGUGCCCUGGGAUUUGAGCUCUGUGGAAUAAUUGAGAUUGGGAGAACUUGGGCCCCAGACAAGAAGUGUGAAAAGCCUCUUUUUCUCUCACUGAGCCUAGUAGAGAAGGGGCUCAUGUUCUGGUUCUUAGCACUUGUGCUGAUGGUCUCUCGUCUUGUGUCAGUUUUAGUCAGGCAGAAAAUGACAAACAUGAGGGUGCUCUUGUGACUUAAUUUUUGUUCACAGGACUAACUUGCUUGUGUCCAAUCCCUGUCAGCAGAGCUGAGAAUUUCUAUGGUAAAUAAACCAAAGCCAAUAGCUGGAGACUGGAGAUCUGGUUGGAAGUGGUUUAUGGUUUAGUUGCUGUGCUAUCUUGAGAAAUUAUGAGAUGUUGCUAAGAAAAAAAAAAUGAUCUUUUUUUUGAAAUGUAACUUGAAAACGAAAUAAAAUGUGGCACAUAAUGUUAAUGUAGAAUGGUGGUGGAGGCGGUGGUGGGAGAAGUGAUUGUAAAUAGGAAACAUGAAUGUUCUUUUUUUUUCUUAUUAUUACUUAAGGAAUUCUUUUUGAAUGUCAUCUUUUCCCCUCUUUAGCUCCCUCAUGGACUUUUGUGUUGUGCCUCCUAAGAUUGUGUCUGUAUUCAUUGUUGUAACUGGCAUGAGGGUCUUCCCGUGUUUUAAUUGGAAACCCAUUCUGGUCACAUUCCAUAUAUGACAAGCUGUCGUUCUGGAGUACUUUGGCCAUUUCUUUGGUUUGCUUUCUUUUUGCUUUUUAAAAUAGUGAUUUCUUUCUCCAGGUAUUUAUGACAGCCUGUGGAUUCAGGAAUUUCAGUAGAACUGAGUGACCUAUGGAAUUGGUUUAGAAUUUAACCUCCUGUCCCUGUGCCCUAUGAAGGUAGGGGUUUAGCAUUCAGUCUGGCCUUGUGUGCAUUGUAGCCACCCAGGUGCUUUGAGAUCUUUCCAGUGUAUUUGGGAAAGAAUUGCGUGAAUGAAGAGUGAUCUUCCUUAUUUGGUAGAUUUGACCAUAUUUGUUUAUAUUCUGCACUUUAGAAGGAAAACAGUGUUAAUCUCUAGUCUAAAGCAAACUUAGUCAAUGGGAGAGUUCUAGGCGACUGUUGCUUUUCCCAGUAGAUUUAGAUAAGGGAUUUUGUUUUGAAACUUUUUGUAGGCUACUUUUAGAAAGCAUUACUUUAGGGUAUUGGGGGAAAAACAGUAUUGCCAGCCAGUUUGGUUUCUAAAGUGAUUUAAUCCAAUCUAUGCUCUUAUUUUCUACUGUGGUCAUAAAAAUCCAAAGCCCUGAGUGAAUGCUUUCUCCUCACUUUAAGCAUUGACAUUAUCUUCAUACAGAAAUGCCUAGUAGAAAAUGUGUGGUUGACCUUUUUGUAAAGAUGUAUUUUCAGGUUUCUUCUGGAAUGUGAUGUCUUGGUCCUCUUAAGUAAGAUGUGUUUGAAACCCAAGGUUUAGCUGGCUCUAGUAUUGUGCUGUGUUAGGCAACUGGAAGCCUCUUCUUUGUGUAACCAGCUCCUGUUUCUGUGUGAGCCUUAGUUAUAUUUGAACUCACUGGCUUUGAGUCAAGUCCAAUUCUAGGAGGGGAUCUGGGGUGUUUCAGUGUUGUGGGGGGAAUGAAAAGUGAUCCCAACCUUCAAAAUUAUUUGGUCGCCCAUGACCUUAAAAUGCUGCCAUUGUGGUUAAAUGACAACAUAUUUGCCUCCAAAUUACAGAUUUGUUUAACCAAAGCUUUUGAAAUGUGAUAAAGCCACAGCCAACAUAAGCACUUAGUAACAGAAAUCAGUAUUGGUUCUACUUAGAAGGAUUGGGGACAACUGAGACAUGGGAACAAGAUAGUAUCUGAAUCAAGUAAUUAAAUUUCCAUUUUGUUCUUGGAGUUCUUUCUCCUUAUAUAUUUUUUCCAACCUGGAAAGAGUCCUUCUUUGAUGAGGAUGAAGGCGGGCAUGGACAUUACAAGCAAUCCCCUGCUCCCUCGUUCUUUAGUACCAUUGUACGAUGGCUGUCUUGCUAGUCUUUUCACCCAAUCUUUUUUGUCGCCCCAGCUGUUUUUGUACUUUGCAAAUAGCUGUGUGUUCUGGAAGCAUCAGGGUAAAAAGCUGCACUGGCCCAAGCUGCGCUUUUGAAACACAGCCCCUGGACUAGUGGUGUCUGUACCUGCUCAAUGAGCCUUUUCCCAGCCUCAGAACAGGCCAGGUAACCUUGAAUUUCGGAUGUCUUGAAAUUCUAUCUGAAGCCUACCUUUCAUACUGCUUGCACGAGCACCAGAUACCCCGAACUUGUAUUGAGUCCAGUGGUUCCUUAUUUUUGUGUGUGCUGAGUAACAUGAAACUUGGCAGGGGCAGAGGGCACUAAAGUUCAAGUACAGGUUCUAAUCUAAAUUUAAGCAGUCUCAUUUACUUCAGGACUUUGAACUAUUUUCUGAUGGUUUUUCACCCAGCCUGUUUCUUGAAGUCAGAUUGAGCAGAAGUAGGGUGAAAAGGGUACCUUUUGCUUUCUUGUUGGUAGAAAAACACACACUAGUUUCCUGGCCUUGAACUUUAGUAUCAUGCUCAGUCUUUUGUUCUGUUUUGGUUUUUUUUUUUUUUUUUUGGUUUUUUGAGACAGGGUCUUGUCGUGUAGCCCAGGCUGGCCUCGAACUCAUGGCAGUCCUCCUGCCUCAGCCUUCCAAGUGCUGGGAUUACAGGCGUGUGCCACCACACCCAACUUCAUGCUCAGUCUUCCAUUAGCAAUAAGACACACUAUUCUUCACUCACUUUCCAUGCCAAAAUGAAACUCUGUCCCCAACACCUUUAAGUCAGAGUUUCUGAUGACUGCAUGUGGGAUGUUGCCUGGCUCAUACCUGGGGGACCUGGCAGAUGGGGCAGGUUGAGGAGGGAACUCAAUGCUUGGUUCCUGGUAGAUGGGAUCCAUGUAGUUUGGCACUCAAGUUUUUGUUUUUGAUUUUGUUUUUCCUCCAGUUUGAUUUAUACCGAAGAUUUGAGUCACAGCAAGCUAUGUGUGAACCUGUGUUGGGUGGUGAUGCAUUAAUAAUCACGUUGCUAAAGCCCUGAAUGUGCUUGUCCUUCGGCUCCACCUAUAGCACUUUCAUGGUAGGUUAGGUUUUUAACUAGUAUUGCUUAGCUUUGGGAAAUAGUGCCACUCAAAAACAACUUCCAAACCUUCGGAAUAACUCCUUCCUAGUGAAGUGUGCCUGGUUCUGGUGCCUUGUCAUAGGAUGCUGUUACAGCCUGAGCUCUAACAUCCUCUUCCAGAGAGUGGAUUUACAGUGAACCAGCUGUGGAGAAAUCCUGAUGUUCACCAGGGCCAUUACCUUUUGGUGUCUGGAUGAGACUCUGUUCUAGGGAAGUCCCUUUGGGUGGGUUCUGUACAUCAAAAGAACUUCCAGUUUCCAAAGUUAAGAUUCAUAUCCUAAAUCUGGCAGACACCAGACAUUGGCAGAUGACUUAGAACAUACUUCAGUUCAACCAGUUAAACUCAGAGGACCAACAGAGAAGGUUUGAGGAGAGGUAUUUAAAAAGACUUGGCAACUUUACGGAUUAUUUGUGGAGAUCUCAAAGGAAAGAAAAGGCCUGUUUUGUGAGUUAAAAAGUGCCUACAUUGUGUUUACCGAUCACUUCUUAAAAAGUAGUUUAAGUGUAAGCUAAAGACAAUGCUUGAAUUCUGCCUGGGAGUUGGUGAAAAUUCUCAUGUGUGCUUGCAUAGGAAGGUGAGAUGACAUCCACCGAAGAGGAAGUAGUUAACAUGGAUCAUUUUUAAAAACUCAAGCUAACUGAUCCUUUUCUUUUUAAGGCUGGAAAUUUUAUUUUCCUAAAGCAGCUACUCGUAUUCAAAUUGAUAUAGAAAAUAGUAAGAAACUCAUUAAAUUUGAAAGUCUUUUGUUCUAUAUUUGCUUAUCUUUGAAGUAUUUUUUUUUUAGCAGUGCCAGGGCGUGUGGGUUUCCUCAUUGGUAAUAGUCACUCACCUUCUUACUUAAGCAGAUGAGAUCACCGUCAAUGCAGAUGUGUUAGAACUUGGUGAAAUAAAGCUUUGAGUGUGAAAUAAAGGUAUAUUUAAAAAUGUAAAAAAAAA